AUGCGAUCUUUUAGUGCUCCAGGUAAAGCCCUUCUAGCAGGCGGUUAUUUAGUUUUGAAACCAGAAUAUGGAUCUUAUGUCGUGGCGCUAUCGUCAAGAAUGCAUGCUGUUGUCAAGCAAGACGAAUUAAUUGGUCCAUCAUCGUCAUCAUCAAUAACUGUUAAAGUCAGAAGUACUCAGUUUAAUGACGACGAGUGGCAGUAUAAGAUGGAUUCAAGCUCCAAUUACAGCCCACAAGAAUUGCAAGAAAACAAGAAUCCCUUCAUCGAAAAGGUUUUAUCAACAGUCUUCAACUACUUUCAACCCGAUUUAAAACUACAAGGAAACAUAGUGAUCGAUAUUUACUCGGAUGCUGGCUAUCAUUCCCAGGCGGGAACAAAACUGAGAAGUAACGGUGUGAAAUCUUUCCUUUUUCAUAGUAAAUCUAUCACUGAAGUCCCCAAAACUGGGUUGGGGUCUUCAGCGGGAUUGGUUACUGUUUUAGUCACGGCAUUGGUUUCCUGCUUCAAACAAAAUCUUGAUGUUUCAUCAAAGGAUGAUAUGAGAUUAAUUCACAAUUUGUCUCAAGUGGCACAUUGUCAGGCACAAGGUAAAAUAGGUAGUGGCUUUGAUGUUGCUGCAGCAGUGUACGGAACCAUCACUUACAACAGAUUUGAUCCCGUACUCAUCGAGCAAUUACCAUCACCAUUAUCGUCAGCAUACCAUUUCGCUUUAGUUUCUUUGAUUGAUGAAACCGAUUGGAAAAUAAAGGCCUCUAGAGUGUCUCUCCCUCCAAGAUUGAGGCUAAUAAUGGGUGAUGUUAAUAAUGGAUCGGAGACAACAAAACUCGUAGCAAAAGUCAAUGAAUGGUAUAAUGGUAACGGUCAAGCCGCUUUUAAAAUUUAUAAGGCCAUAGACCAAGCGAACACAGAAUUUGUCGAAUCCUUGCGUGAACUUACUGCCCUAUGUGACCAAAGCACUUCGGAAUAUGAAGCCUUGAUUGAAACCAUUAAUGAUAAAGGAAGAAAGACACACCCACUACUGCAGAAAAUAGUUCAUUCCGUUCAUACCAUUAGAGAACACUUCAGACUCAUUACGGAACAAUCAGGUGCCGAUAUUGAACCUGAAGUCCAAACACAUCUUUUAAAUGCUGCAAUCAGUUUGCCGGGAGUGUUAACCGGAGUUGUACCAGGUGCUGGAGGAUAUGAUGCUAUUUGUUUGAUUACAACAGACAGUUGCAAUAUAGCGAAUGAAACAAAGAAUGAUCCUACCUUCAGAAACGUUACAUGGUUAGAUUUAAAUCAGCAAGAUUUGGGAAUCAUUGAGGAAAAACCUAGUACUUACCAAAAUUUGAACUAA